AUGUCUGGUGAGAGACCUCAUAGCAUUGUCAUGUCUGGUGAGAGACCUCAUAUCUUUGUCAUGUCUGGUGAGAGAUCUCAUAUCUUUGUCAUGUCUGGUGAGAGACCUCAUAGCAUUGUCAUGUCUGGUGAGAGACCUCAUAGCAUUGUCAUGUCUGGUGAGAGACCUCAUAGCAUUGUCAUGUCUGGUGAGAGACCUCAUAGCAUUGUCAUGUCUGGUGAAAGACCUCAUAGCAUUGUCAUGUCUGGUGAGAGACCUCAUAGCAUUGUCAUGUCUGGUAAGAGACCUCAUAGCAUUGUCAUGUCUGGUGAGAGACCUCAUAGCAUUGUCAUGUCUGGUGAGAGACCUCAUAUCUUUGUCAUGUCUGGUGAGAGACCUCACAGAGCGGUGACGUCUGAUGAGAGACCUCAUAGAGCUGUCAUGUCUGGUGAGAGACCUCAUAUCCUCCAUAGCCCAUGGCUGGUCCCCGUGACGUUUGAUGAUGUGGCCGCGUAUUUUUCGGAGGAUGAGUGGAAAGAUCUGGAGGAGUGUCAGAAGGAGCUGUACAAGGACAUGAUGAAGGAGAAUUAUGAAGCUCUCAUUUCCUUGGAGGACGGGCCAGUGAACGAGAAGGAAAAGACCAGCUUGAAGUACAGCGAUAAAUUAGACAGCGUUGAGCCUUCCCCACUCCCAGCGCUGGGUCCAUCUUCAUCGUGCCCGGAGAUUGAGGAUGAGUGCAGCAGCCAGACAGCGCCCAGCAGGUCCCACCCGAACAAGGCUUCCAGCAAAGCCGAGGAUGUCUCGCCCUAUGAAGAAAGCUUUAGCCCCAGCACCACCCAGACCGACUCCGCCAAGGACGAUGGAGAGAGACUGUACCAGUGCACGGAGUGUAGCAAGAACUUCCGAAAGCGGGACAGCCUGAAGCGUCACCAGCAGACGCACACCGGGGAGCGCCCCUACAACUGCAUCGAGUGCGGGAAGAGCUUCAUACAGAAGCAGCACCUGGUCACUCACCUGAGGACCCACACGGGGGAGAGGCCCUACAAAUGUGAGGAGUGCGGGAAGAGCCUGAGCACUAACGAGCGGCUGAAGAUCCACCAGAGAAUCCACACCGGGGAGAGGCCCUACAAGUGCGGCGACUGCGGGAAGAGCUUCAGGGCCCACCGCGUGCUCAAGGUUCAUCAGCAGACUCACACCGGGGAGAGGAUCCACAAGUGUGAGGACUGUGGCAAGCGGUUCCGGCACAAGCAGACCCUCAUGGCCCACCAGAGGAGUCACUCCGGGGAGACCUCCUACUGCUGCAGUGAGUGCGGGGAGAGCUUCCGCACCUUCAAGCACCUUAAGUUCCACCAGAAGAUGCAUCGUGGGGAGAAGCCACACGAGUGCGAGGACUGUGGGAAAAGCUUCCGGAAGCGGGAGCAUCUCAGACGCCACCAGCAGAUCCAUACCGGUGAGCGACCUUUCUCCUGCGAGGAGUGCGGCAAGGGCUUUAUCCAGAAACAUCACCUUGUGAGACACCAGAGGACUCACUCCGGGGAGAGACCCUUCACUGUGGUAAUCGUAGAGGAAUUCCCUUACACCAACUCCUCCACCGGCUCAUGCCGGGGCAGCCCCCACAUCUGCAGUGAGUGUGGCAAGAGCUUCACCACCUACGAGCACCUGAAACGCCACAACAGGAUUCACACGGGGGAGCGGCCCAACAAGUGCGCAGACUGCGGGAGGACCUUCAAGUCUCAGAAACUCCUCAAGGCACAUAAAAAAGCGCAGGAUGAGGAGACCGGUCUCUGCCGGGACGAAGACAGCGAGAACAGCGAGAGCCAGCGGGCAGCGCCAGGCGAAAAGCCAUUCGAGUGCGGAGAGUGCGGCAAAACUUUCCGCUUCCUAAAGCACUUAAAGUUCCAUUUGCACACUCACACCGGCGAGAGGCCCUUCAAGUGCGAGUCCUGCCAGAAGACCUUCCGGAAACGGGACUGCCUGAAGAGGCAUCAGCAGAUACACACGGGGGAGAGGCCCUUCACCUGCGCAGACUGCGGCAAGGGCUUCAUCCAGAAGCAGCACCUGGUGAGACACCAGAGGACUCACACCGGCGAGCGUCCUUACAUCUGCAGCGAAUGUGGGAAGACCUUCAGCACCUGUGAGCACCUCAAAAUACACGGUCGCACCCACACCGGGGAGAAACCCUACAAGUGCAACGACUGUGGCCAGAGCUUCCGCAAGAGAGAGUACCUCAAGUGCCACCAGCAGACGCACACCGGGGAGAGGCCCUUCACCUGCUCCGAGUGUGGGAAAAGCUUUAUCCAGAAGCACCACCUUAUUGCACAUCUACGCACGCACACCGGGGAGAGACCUUACCAGUGCAACGACUGCGGCAAGACUUUCAGGCAUAAGCAGAAUCUGACUACACACCAGAAGACACAUGGGAUCGGCUUAUGAGACCGAUGUGGCUUACUGCUAGCUCGGUUGUGUUCCGCUCCUGUCUUCUCAUUGUUUGGUGGCCUCUGCGGAUCUGGAGAACACGUUUUCCCUUAUAAGCUUAUUGUCCUGUCCUUACAGUAUAACAGCGCCACCUUACGAGUGCAGCGUAAUGACCAUGGAUGGAACACAGGUUGGCGCUGGCUUCGGUGAGUUCAGCCCUAUUUGCCACUAGUACGUAUUAGGAACGUACGGUUCUCAAGCAGGAUCUCUCCUGGAUGGCUCUUAUUUUUUCUUAUAUAACAGAGGCAAAAAUAAAUUAUAUUUUCUGACCCAUGGCGGCCAAUAGAGUAACAUUUAGGAGGGAGGUGGGAUGUGCCAAGUGUAAAGUUCUGUCUUAAUAUUCUUCCACUUGUAUGAUGAAGACUUUGCGCUGUUGUGUAGCGAGCAGAUUGGCAUGGGGCGCCCGCCUCACCCAUCGGAUAUAGUGGCGAGGCCCUGGCACUCAUGCUCUCAGACUGGUUAUCGAGGUGCCGUUGGGCAGAUUGUGGGCGUGAAAGGGGAGAUGUGAACGGCGUGCCAGCCAAUGCAGGUGAUAUAUGCCCUUCUGGUGCUAGCCCGUGUAUACAGAACAGACAUUAUUAUCACGGUGCAACCUCACACACAGCAAAGGCACCAGUGUCUCCCGGCACAGUAUUUACCUAUGGUUACAGGAUAUAAUGGCUGUGUCCAGCCUUAGGGGAGGAAAUUGCUGAGGGUCCACCAAGCGGCCAUUAUUUAUAUACAACAUAGUGUUUACCCCACGCUCCCUUUCCUCUCAUUCCUGCCACCGUCCUUUUAUGUUAGGUGGCACUGGGCAUAGCCUGGCGAUGCGGCACUUACUGCAGGCGUGAUCAGAGCUUCUGCAGAACCUCUUCCUGGGUCACGCACUGGGCAUAGCCUGGCGAUGCGGCACUUACUGCAGGCGUGAUCAGAGCUUCUGCAGAACCUCUUCCUGGGUCACGCACUGGGCAUAGCCUGGCGAUGCGGCACUUACUGCAGGCGUGAUCAGAGCUUCUGCAGAACCUCUUCCUGGGUCACGCAUUGGGCAUAGCCUGGCGAUGCGGCACUUACUGCAGGCGUGAUCAGAGCUUCUGCAGAACCUCUUCCUCGGUCACGCACUGGGCAUAGCCUGGCGAUGCGGCACUUACUGCAGGCGUGAUCAGAGCUUCUGCAGAACCUCUUCCUGGGUCACGCACUGGGCAUAGCCUGGCGAUGCGGCACUUACUGCAGGCGUGAUCAGAGCUUCUGCAGAACCUCUUCCUGGGUCACGCACUGGGCAUAGCCUGGCGAUGCGGCACGUACUACAGGCGUGAUCAGAGCUUCUGCAGAACCUCUUCCUGGGUCACGCACUGGGCGUGAUCAGAGCUUAUGCAGGGGGGGUGUUGGGGUGGGGGGUAUUAUUAUUUUACAUCUUCCCGACAGAAGAAAUGCACCCAAGACAUAACACUCAGUAUUAGGAUGGGUUAAAUAAGUAAAAAAUAAUAAUAAUACUAAGAGUUUUACUUAUCUGGAACCAGAGGUUGACCCACUGGGGUUCCGCAGAAGCCUUCAGUGGUUCUGCUGAUUAGUGCUCUGCGCUAUACUACUCUCUAAUGCUCUGCUCUGUGCUCCUCUACUCUAUACUACUCUGCUCUGUACUGCUCUAUGCUGGUCUGUACCACUUUGCUCUAUAAUGCUCUACUCUGUACUAUUGCUCUGCUCUAUACUACUCUGCUCUAUGUUCUUCUACUCUCUAAUGCUCUGCUCUAUGCUCAUCUACUCUAUAAUGCUCUGCUCUAUGCUUCUGUACUCUAUACUGCUCUGUACUGUACUGCUCUAUGUUCUUCUACUCUAUAAUGCUCUGCUCUAUGCUUCUCUACGUACUCUAUACUGCUCUGUACUGUACUGCUCUGCUCUAUGUUCUUCUACUCUAUAAUGCUCUGCUCUAUGCUUCUGUACUCUAUACUGCUCUGCUCUGUACUGUACUGCUCUGCUCUAUGCUCAUCUAUUCUAUACUGCUCUAUGCUGGUCUAUACCACUUUGCUCUAUAAUGCUCUGCUCUAUGUUGUUCUAUACUGCUCUAGUCCACAUUGCUCUGCAUUGCUCUGCUCUUGUGUACUGCACAGUGCAUGCUAAGUGGACACUGCAGCAUCAACGUUACUGUUAUCUUUUUGCUAUCGGUACAAAGCAGAACAGUACAGAGCAGAGCAUUGCAGCAAUACAGAGCAGUACAGAGCAGAACAGUACAAAGCAGAGCAUUGCAGCAAUAUAGAUCAGUACAGAGCAGAGCAUUGCAGCAAUAUAGAGCAGUACAGAGCAGAACAUUGCAGCAAUAUAGAGCAGUACAGAGCAGAACAUUGCAGCAAUAUAGAGCAGUACAGAGCAGAACAGUACAAAGCAGAGCAUUGCAGCAAUAUAGAUCAGUACAGAGCAGAGCAUUGCAGCAAUAUAGAGCAGUACAGAGCAGAACAUUGCAGCAAUAUAGAGCAGUACAGAGCAGAACAUUGCAGCAAUAUAGAGCAGUACAGAGCAGAACAGUACAAAGCAGAGCAUUGCAGCAAUAUAGAGCAGUACGAGCAGAACAGUACAAAGCAGAGCAUUGCAGCAAUAUAGAUCAGUACAGAGCAGAGCAUUGCAGCAAUAUAGAGCAGUACAGAGCAGAACAGUACAAAGCAGAGCAUUGCAGCAAUAUAGAGCAGAACAUUGCAGCAAUAUAGAGCAGUACAGAGCAGAACAGUACAAAGCAGAGCAUUGCAGCAAUAUAGAUCAGUACAGAGCAGAGCAUUGCAGCAACAUAGAUCAGUACAGAGCAGAACAGUACAAAGCAGAGCAUUGCAGCAAUAUAGAGCAGUACAGUACAAAGCAGAGCAUUGCAGCAAUAAAGAGCAGUACAGUACAAAGCAGAGCAUUGCAGCAAUAUAGAGCAGUACAGUACAAAGCAGAGCAUUGCAGCAAUAUAGAGCAGUACAGUACAAAGCAGAGCAUUGCAGCAAUAUAGAGCAGUACAGUACAAAGCAGAGCAUUGCAGCAAUAUAGAGCAGUACAGUACAAAGCAGAGCAUUGCAGCAAUAUAGAGCAGUACAGAGCAGAACAGUACAAAGCAGAGCAUUGCAGCAAUACAGAGCAGUACAGAGCAGAACAGUACAAAGCAGAGCAUUGCAGCAAUACAGAGCAGUACAGAGCAGAACAGUACAAAGCAGAGCAUUGCAGCAAUACAGAGCAGUACAGUACAAAGCAGAGCAUUGCAGCAAUAAAGAGCAGUACAGUACAAAGCAGAGCAUUGCAGCAAUAUAGAGCAGUACAGUACAAAGCAGAGCAUUGCAGCAAUAUAGAGCAGUACAGAGCAGAACAGUACAAAGCAGAGCAUUGCAGCAAUAUAGAGCAGAACUGAGCGGAACUAUUCCAGGCUUUUGGGGGACCCCCUGACAGCAGAUUUGCAUCUGUACCCAAUAAGAAUGGUCCCCGCCCAAUACUAUGUAUGAAGCUUUGGGGGGAGAUCUUCUCUAAGUUGACCUUUCGUGACCUGUGAGCUGUAACCAGGAUGUUGCGGGCGCUAUGACCCCUGGGGGGUACACUGAGAUGAUGCACCCCUGCACACGGUGCCGUCUUCCUCUGCCUGCGUCUCAUUGCUGCUGCACGUUCUGUGGCCCCUGGGUGGCCACUAAUCAUUCCACCAUGUGUGGACGGGGCCCUUGCUGGAUCAUGCCCCGCACAUGCAUGAUAAGCAGGUGGCCCCUGUGUGUAGCCGCGGGGCCCAGGACAGUAGCGCCGGUUACUGACACCUGUGCUGGAAUUUGCAGCGAUCUGGACAGUUAGCGGCGUCUCAGUACCUGAAACAGAACUAUACGUCGUGUGUGGCUUCCAUACUGUACUUCCAUAUGUCCAGCACUUAUACCGGUGACAGCGGAAGUCUGUGGUACAUGGUGUAAUGUGUAGUGGGUGUACUGGGUCAGCUAGAGUCUGGUGUAUCAGCAUGGAACCUGCCUAUUCCCCCCGGGAUAUAGUUAUGUGGCCAUUCCCACCAUUGCUUUCUCCUCACCCAUGUUACUUUAUUCUACAUUAACCAUAGCUGCCGACAUCCCCCCUUCCACACAGCGACAUGCUAAUAGGGUCUCCUCAGGACCUGCCACCAUUGUAUUACUGUAUACCUCCCUUCUGUUACUCCUAUACCGGGAGCAUACCUGCGCAGGUGCCCUGGGAAUAAUAGGUGUAAGAGCCUCAACACUUGUCUCUUCCAGUACUGAGUGUAAGCUCUACAGACAACAAACCCCACAACGUUCCUCAGAGAGAGAGCUAUAGCCUGUUCCUCAAUCACCACUAGCCUAGAUCUACGGGAUAUAUAUAUAUAUAUAUAUAUAUAUAUAUAUAUACUGUAUAUAUAUAUACACACACACACAUGAAGCUUAUUGACUAAGAUGUUGCAUACAGAACAUGCGUGUGUCAUACAGCUGCUGCUAUGUAAACCUCAUUGUGUUACUUUGGGAAGAAUUACGCUGCUUGCCGCUAAUCUCCAUGUUACAAUCGCUCUGAUGUCUGGCGGUUUGUCCGUUGUCACCGGGCGCCAGCGCUGUGUAAUCGGGCGCUGGGCACUGCCACCUGGACGAGCCGUACGGCAAUGGCGCAGUGUUUUCCAGUAUUUCCAGUGCAAUGUGACCAUGUAGCUGCGCGCUGUGGGAAGGGUUGCGCAGUAUUUUCUCCCCACAAACUUACAUAGGGGCCAUUUAUCAACGAGUGAUAAAACUCGCUGGGAAUGAUAAAACUCGUUGCGUAUCAUAGCGCCCCAGCCAAUCAGCUCCCAACUGUCAUUUUUCAAACACAUGACGGUCAGGAGCUGAUUGGCUGGAGCACCAUAUAUCAUACGCAAUAAGUUUUAUCACUCGUUGAUAAAUAAGCCCCUUUGGCCCAGAUUUAUCAAGACUUGGAGAAUGAUAAAUUACACGGUGUUAAUGUACCAGCCAAUCAGCUCAUGACUGUCAUUUUUCAAACACAGCCAGUAACAUGACAGUUAGGAGCUGAUUGGCUGGUGCUUUAUCACUGUGUAAUUUAUCACUCUCCAAGGCUUGAUAAAUCUGGGUCAUUUGUUAAAGAGACUGGGAAAAUUGUAAUAUGUAAGGGGUCCAUUUAUCAAUGAGUGAUAAAACUCAUUGCGGAUGAUAAAUGGUGCUCCAGCCAAUCAGCUCACAACUGUCAUGUGUUCAGCUCUCAACUGUCAUGUGAAAUGACAAUUAGGAGCUGAUUGGCUGGGGCACCAUUUAUCAUGCGCAACGAGUUUUAUCUAACGAGUGUGUAUGAAAUGUUCUCCGGCUUAUUAGGCCUUUGUGCAAUAACGUUUGUGUGUAAGGACGCAGGGGGGCUCAUUUACAGGUGGACGUAUUUGCCCUGGGGUAUUUAUAUGUAUUUGCUGAGCCGGGCGAGCCUCCGGCGUAACAUGGCGACGUAGAGAGUGCGUACUGAUGCCUACACGUCUACUGCUGCCAGAAAUACUCGCAGGUCACAAUAAGCCGCUGUGCGUCCAGCUGUACACCGGCCCGCGCCUGUCUGCGUGGCCACACUCGAAAAUAAGAAACAAAUAAUAUGUUUUCCUUAGUAUACGGUGUCAGCGUUACAUGCGCAGGAAGAGCGAGGUCACAUCUCCGGCAAUCACAGUGACGCGUGUGUGCGCUGUGUCUAUCUUGUAUAGAAGAAUUGUAUGAAGCGGAAAGUGUGACGGUCACAGAUAUUGUUCCUGGCGGUUCUGUAGACAUUGAGCGUCGCACUUUUAUCCUGUUCUGUUUAUUUAGCGGAUUAUGGGGCUGAUUCUGAGGUGGCCGGAGCAGCGUCUUCUGGCGGUCGUCUGUCUGUGACUUUAUGCAAUUGCCGCUGCACCCUCCUUCCCUGGCGUACACCCGCGGCCUGAAUGUGCCAGGUCUGAGACACCCACUGCCAGCGUCCUAACACGCAGUAAUAACACUUGGUGCCUCCUUAGACGCCACCAGUCCUGUGCCCGAACCGGUUUCUCCAUCCCAUCCGGGCCUCCUGUGUGAGCGGGGGAACGUCCGUGUACACAGCCGCUGUCACUGGCACUGCCAUAACGCGCACAUAAGAUGGGCCUUCUCCAUGCAUGCGUUAAGCCGCCUCCCUGUCACCGCUCAGGAUCACCCAAUACAUUUUCAUUCCGCCUCUCCCUGCGUGCGUCUAUAAUCGCAGCUGCGUCUCUGCGCAGACACAGGACGCAGGUGCGGUGUGACCUAGAUACUGCGCUGACAUCGGCAGUGCACCCACCUCUGCUUCAGGCCCUGUAUAGCACGCACAAUGCGCUGAGCCUUACUGCAGGGAUGAUGUAUAGACGGUUACGCUGGAGCUGCAGCGCUCUGACAGUGUUACGUCCACCCCCGUUCUGUUCUGUAUACAGUGAUAGGUCUCGGGGUGGCACUGCCCGCCGCUCUGUAUGGCUGUGUCGCAUUCGCUGAUGUGGGUACUCCCAGUGCUGUGAGCCCCACAGUCCAGGACCUGACUGACAGCCAGUAUUAGGAAGCAGGACCACUGCUCUUCCAUAUAAUAACCAUGUCUGUGCACUAGGAGGAGGGGGCAGCAGGCCCCUAUACUUCCUUCACAUAAGGGGGCAAUUGUCCUCCAUAGGAGCCGGGGUACAGUCUCUAACGUUUAACCCUGUGCUGACCACAGCUGCGUGGUACAACGUCACAGCCCAUAAUGUAAGGGUGUAGGGUCAGGGUCUGUACCCCCCUGUAUAAAUGCUUGUUCCAGAAAAAUGAGUCCCAGCAUGCAAUGCCAGCCUCUAGCACAUGCUUACUCUCUCUUUGGCAGGGCAUGCUGGGACAAGUGGUUCCACAACAGCACGGCGUAUAAUGCAGCUCUGCCCCGGUCUCACUGUCCAGGAAGCCGUCCUUAAUUAACAUGUAAAACAGAAGCUUUGAUCCCUGUAUUUUUGUCUUUAUCCUGCAUGAACCCAUCUGCCCCUGACAGUGCAGCCCCCACCCCCCUGUGGUGUGUCUGUGGUAUGUUACGUGGGCCUCAUACGUGGUGUGUCUGUGGUAUGUUACGUGGUCCUCAUACGUGGUGUGUCCAGAGGUGCAGACACUGCUACAUAUCCAGUCACAUAUGACGUCAGUCUGUGUGCGCAGCGUGUUCUGUCCCACCUGUUGUGGUCAGUCAGUAUUUAGAGCUAAUAAACCCAUUUAGAUGUGAGCGGCCAAACAGGCAUCUGUCACUUAUGUGCAAAGGGCCUAAAUUAUGAAGUGAAGCUCAAAUCACUUUGGUUUUAUACCAUUGGGCCUAGCUGGUCCGGCCUGUGCAUUAGCCAGUGCCCAUGUGAUGCGGCGGUAGGACCUCCAUUUAUCUGGCUGUGUCCUGCAGAGAGAAUCCAGUGCUGACGCGUUUCGCUCUCCUGCAUUCCCGAAGGAAGCCGUAAAUGCCCCGAUCUGUGGGGAUCCCGCGCAGAGACAAUCAAUAUUCCAGAUCUACACUCCCUUCUGCCAAAAUUCAGCUGUAUAAAUGGAUUUAAACACCCAAAACACCCCACAACUCAUUUGUUUUCCUGCCUGGGGGCGGCCAUAUUGGCCGCCUCACAGUAUGACAGAUAAUCACUUCUAGGAUCACAUCGUAAACUAAUCCAUUGGCAGCUUUUUUAUAUCAUGAGAUUUGUAAUAAAAAACAAGUGAAAGAAGUAGAAACGCGUCACUGUAUGGUAAUAUAUCAUUGUCACAAGAUUCUUUAUUGUUCCGUGGAAGCAACAAUAGAUGUGAGAAGGUCGGCAACAGAAAUAUGGCAGCAGACAGUGAGGAACCUCUGAAUUAAUGUCAUAAAAUAUUACAGUAAUGAAUGUAACAGUUUUCAACCAUGAAAAAUGACAUUAAAUUAAUGUAAACGGGUGCGGGGUAACACGAUUCAUGUAUUGGGGUUAUUUCCACUGCAUUGUGUGUUGUCAUCCAAGUGUCCAUUUUCCCCAUAUCUGAGGGGGUUGGGGGUGCUCCAGAUCAAAAUGGCCUCUGGGUGGCCUACGUCUCUGCAGCCAACUGAAAAGCUCACACAUGGGUCACGUUUGAUUGCAGCAACUGAUAAGAACCGAUGGGGUGAUGAUAAUUACUUUGGGUUCUAUUCAUGAAGCAGUGAAAACUGUGGAGAAGUGAGCCAGUGGAGAAGAGCCAAUCAGCACUGAAGUAACAUUUAUAAUUUGCAUACUAUAAAAUUAUACAGAGAAGCUGAUUGGUUGCCAUGGGCAAUUUCUCCAGGGGCUCACUUCUCCACUCUUAUCACUGUUUCAUGAAUAAACCCCCAAAUCACUGCAGAUGUAACUAUAGGCCUGUUUCAGGGAUGUGCACUAAUACUAUUGCAGCUGCAAAUGUGUACGCAACGGCUGUGUGACAAUACGCAAAUGUCACAACCGCCGGGAUUUGUACUCAGACGCCCACCUGCGGCUCCGGGAAUCCAUGCGAUUGCGUGCGAAGACGCAGAUUAGUCGCAUAUCAGAAUUCUGAGUGACCCAGUCUCUCACUUGCAAUGGCCGCCGUAUCUGUGACGCUUGCAUACGUGAUCACAAUCUCAGUCUGUGACACGUCCCCCCCAAACUGUUGUGACACGCCUGCGUAUAUGUGCCUCCACUCCCCCGUUACCUCCCACAAAUGCUCCCUCACUGCGGCCAAAUCCUCACUGUGACCGUGACGGUAAUGCAGGCGGUAUGUGACUCUCACACACGCGCAGACCACCGAUAAUCGCUCCACUGCGGAAACAUCCGGUUUGCGUCCAUCUGUGAAUCGGGCUCUGUGUUCUGUAACAUGUUCCAUGUCGCCAUAUAAUUCCUACAUUUACAGCGCUCAGCUCUGCUAGGGAACAAGAGGAUAAAUUUCAUUUAUAGGGGUCUGAGGUGACGGACCCUAAGGGGUCUGUGAGGUGAUGAACCAUAAGGGGUCUGUGAGGUGACGGACCCUAAGGGUUAUGUGAGUUCUGUGAGAUGACGGACCCUAAGGGUUAUGUGAGUUCUGUGAGGUGAUGGACCCUAAGGGGUCUGUGAGUUCUGUGAGGUGACGGACCCUAAGGGGUCUGUGAGGUGAUGGACCAUAAGGGGUCUGUGAGGUGACGGACCCUAAGGGGUCUGUGAGUUCUGUGAGGUGAUGGACCCUAAGACGUCAUCAGCGCAAACGUUUACAUGACUAUCACAGGUUUACGCCCUCUUCCAUGUAUUGCGUGCUCAGAAGACAUGCCUACAUACGGUUUCUGUGAUAUGACGUUACAGCACCCGGGAUAUUGGCUAUAAUGCCGGUAACCGGGAUACGCGGUUAUUAGGAGUCUGCGGAGCCCGAACCUGCCAAGUUCCCGGUAUUCUGCGGCAUUCUCAGCCAUUACGCAGCAGACAGCGUCACAUUUGCAGAAGCCAGUGAAUUAAUAAUUGAAUGAGGUGGUUAUUGAACAGUGUUACAGUGUGAGUGUUAUCAGCCACUUCUGUGUAUGUCCCACGUGCCCUGCAGCAGGCGGCUCCCCCUUCUGGUGAUGGACAUGAACUGCAUCCUUGUCAGAUAUUGCCGCUAUGUAAUAAGCAGAGUAAAUGUACAUAUCUCAGGAAACGAGACCCUUUCUAACGAUGGAGAGGUGUAAUUUUAUUCAAUAAAGCUUUUUUUU